UACCAAUCAACUUUUGUCUAAUUGCCAUUCCACCAAAGAAUUGACCAAUAUGAGUUUCCUGCGCCCCAUGUCAAUGCUGCGCUCAGCAGCUCUCCGCCCAGCAGCUCUCUCCGCAGCUCCUCGAGCUCGUCUGCAACUCCGCUUCGCGACAGGUGAUUACGGCUCGGGCGAUGGCAAUCCAGCAGGCGAGAAACCAAAAGAGCAGGGCAAGAAUCUCAGCGAGAAUCUCGAGCACCCAGGUCCUCCACCGCCCAAGGUCGCAGAGGGCAAAUCGUCGUCAUCUCCCAACGACGACAAGACAUCCACGAACAAGGCUCCCCAGACAUCCUCGUCAUCCUCAACAUCCUCUAGCAAGGGCUCGUCGUCUGGCAAACGCGAGUUUUCCACCUCAACACGUCGAUGGGCUGAUUCGAAAGAACCCGCUGUGAAACAGGGACAGCAGAACAAGCCCAGUCCGAAUGAGGUCAAAGGUGCGCAACCCAAGAUUCUGAACGAGAAUCCUCCGGCAAGCGAGGACGAGAGCGAGGAUGUAAAGAAGCACAACGAGGAGAUGGACAGCAGGGCUGAGCAGGCGCAUGAGAAGGUCAGCAAUGAGGAUGCGGCCAAGGACAAAGUGUCUGACAAGUUCUGGAAAGGUGAGUAGACGCUCUGGGAGUGGGCUCUCAGGGUAUGAUAGGCAAAGAGGGACAAUGGAGUGCUGGGGGUGUCCAGUAGGCCAUGGUUGGGAAGUAGGACAAAAUGAUGGCAAUGAAUGUACGAUAGUUGUGGGAGGCGUUUUGGGUGGGAUCAAAUAUCACGACAGUUCAUCCC